AUGCAAAAGAUAUUAAAUUAGAAACUAUUGAAUUUUUGGGAUCAAUACUUCAUGAUUAUGAAUUUCCUAUUUCCAACUUUUUGUUUCUUUUUGAAAUAAAUAGUCAACUUUUCUCAUUUUGGUUAAUUAGUUAAUAUGACUGAUCUCAAAGCUUAAAGUUUAUUGAUAUCAUUAAUUUUAAUAACAGUUGUUAUUCUCAGAAUGAUAUUAAAGCCUUGGGCUGAAUUUCCAGAUAGAGCUAUUUGA